AUGUUCUCUGGAAAAUUGGCAGCCAUUCUUGGAACCGCGUUCGCGGGAGUUGCCACUGGAUGUUUGACCUUUGUCAGCUUUGUCGACGUCCGAAGCUUCUUAACUCACGUUGAAGAAGAUCGUACCAAAAUGAUUCAGGAUCACUUUCCAGUUUGGUGGCCGUAUGGCCGUGAUUUGAUGGUUCCUGUGCUAUUGGCAGGUACGAUUUCCAAUCUCACUGCUUACUACCAAACCAAAGACAUCAAAUUUGCCAUUACCUCCGGUUUGAUCUGUUUCGUGGGACCCUACACGGGUAUAGUGUUGGGGGAAGACAUUGAAACAUUGCGAAAGUCUGACCCAGCGGACGUGGCAGAGACCACUCGUCGAUUUUGCAACUUGCAUCAUGUGAGGCUUGUGGUCGCGGCUACAGGAUUUGGGUUUGCCCUUACAGCAUUGGCUGACCUAUAA